CUCCCUCUGUUGCUUCGGGAGGGCGGAGACCGCACUUCACGUGUCCUGCCCGCGCGUCCACACGACCGGACCGCCCCCCUCUCCCCCGGGGCGUGGGGUCCGGCCGCGGAAGGGGCUCCAGAGAGCCGCGUUCUCCCCGCGGGCUCCAUCCGCCGCCCCGCCGCUCGGCAGAGCCAGCAUGUUCGCCGGCGCGCCCCUGUUGCUGGUUGCCCUGAGCCUGGCAGCGCGUCCCGUCUAUGGGGGUGGGAAGAAAUUUUACCAUGGACUCUGUGGGGGUCGCGAUUGUACAGCCGGCUGCAAGUGCUUCCCCGAGAAAGGUGCUCGGGGUCAACCAGGGCCAAUCGGGAACCAAGGAUCAAUGGGCAUUGAAGGCUUUACUGGACCAGAGGGAGUGAGAGGACUGAAAGGAGAGAGAGGUAUAACAGGACCUCCAGGUGCAGCUGGAAUGAAGGGAGACAAGGGCCCAGUGGGUGUUCCUGGAUUCCCUGGAAUUUAUGGAGUUCCAGGACACCCUGGUCAGCCAGGACCCAGAGGUCUUCCUGGUUUAGAUGGCUGUAAUGGUACCAUUGGAAGUCCUGGUACCUCUGGAUCAGAUGGAUUCCCUGGUCCCCAAGGACCACCGGGUCGUCCUGGUCCUAAAGGCCCCAAAGGUGAACCUGUCUAUGCCCCGGGAAUUUUUAAAGGAGUGAAGGGAGAAAGAGGUCUUCCUGGCCUGGAUGGUGCUUUUGGACCGAAAGGUUUUCCAGGUCAACCAGGGCCUGCUGGUCCCAUCGGGCUACCUGGAUUUCCGGGACCUCCAGGUUUCCCAGGACUCCCAGGACCUAUGGGCAGUACCGGUUUAAUUUUCCAUGGAGAAACAGGAGAAAAAGGAGAUGUUGGGCUGCCAGGACCAGCGGGACCUCCACCUUCCACGGGGACAGAAGAAUUUGUUGGGUUGACCAAAGGACAGCAAGGAGCAAAGGGAGUUCCUGGUGUCAAAGGAAUCCCAGGCCCACCAGGAGGUCCUGGAUUCCCGGGUUUCUGGAGCUUCGGAGAAAAGGGAGAAAAAGGCGUCCCCGGUUUACCAGGACCAAGGGGAGACAUGGGACUGAGAGGACCUGAUGGAAACAUAGGCAGAAAGGGAGUUCUGGGCAAAGCAGGAUUUCCUGGUUGGGAUGGUUCUCCAGGUGGAAAGGGUGAAUUUGGCGAUGUGGGUCCACCAGGCCCUUCAAUAAUUGUUGACAGAAAUGGUGCUGUCAUAUCAGGUCCCCCUGGAGACCCCGGCACACCAGGAACCCCUGGCCCUAGAGGAGAUGAGGGGAGUAUUGGUUUGAUAGGAUUUCCUGGGCAACCAGGACGUCCUCCAACCUUUCCAGGUCUCCCAGGUUCAGUAGGAGUCCCAGGGAUCCUAGGAUUUAAAGGUGACCGAGGAGACCCAGGAAAGACUACAGUUGGAUCUCCAGGCCUACCUGGGAAAGAUGGUGAUCCAGGGUUAUCCGGAGCUCCAGGGUUACCAGGUGUUUCAGAAACAAUACACACAGCAGGCGCAGUCUUUAGUGGUGAACCUGGGGUACCAGGUAUCCCUGGACCAAGGGGACCCCCAGGAAUCUUUGGCUUAAGAGGGUAUAAAGGGGAAGGUGGUGAUUGUGCCUGUGAUGGAGGAAUCACAAGAAUUGGCUUGCCAGGGGAGUCAGGCAGCCCUGGCCAACCUGGCAGACAAGGUGAUAUUGGGCCAAAAGGAUCCUUGGGAGAGCCAGGAAGUGGUUUACUAGGUCCCCCUGGACCACCAGGUUUCCAAGGUCAAUCUGGUCUUCCAGGCCUUAAAGGACAAAAGGGGGAACCGUCUUCAGACUCAGGCAGAGGACCUCGAGGAGAUCCAGGGAAUGCUGGACUCAGGGGUCCUUCGGGGAAACCUGGAACUCCUGGCAGGGAUGGCACGCAAGGUGCCCCAGGUCCACGUGGCCUUGCGGGUGAUGAUGGCUUUGGCUUCCCAGGGGACAAAGGUUUCCCUGGAUUACCUGGCUCAAGGGGGAAGCAGGGUGAGAUUGGCCUACCUGGCAUUGGUUUUCCGGGGCCAAAUGGACGUUUUGGACUUACGGGGGAUCCAGGGAUCAGUGGCAUCCCAGGACAACCUGGACCUCCAGGGCCACCAGGAGAAACUUUGCCCUGCAUAAUCCCUGGAACCAUUGGUCCACCUGGGCUUCCUGGACCUCCAGGGUUUCCAGGUUCCAAGGGUAGCAAAGGAUUUUCUGGUUUCCAAGGGCAGCCAGGUUUAAAUGGCUUAAAAGGAGAACCGGGCAUACCCGGGUUGGCUCGAUUCCCAGGAAUGCCGGGGUUUCCUGGCCCUCCUGGAGAUCCGGGUUCAAAAGGGCGACAAGGAGUUGACGGGGCGGAUGGACUGCCUGGUCCAGAAGGCUGUCCUGGUUUGGUUGGCCCAAAUGGAUCCCCCGGUGAUGUCUUUGGGGCUGAACCAGGGUCCCAAGGAGAACCUGGCUUACCUGGCUUACCCGGAGAUAAAGGCUUUCCUGGAGAUUUUGGCUUUCCUGGAACACCAGGUUUGGAUGGAAGGCCUGGCCUAUCGGGUAGAAAAGGAGGACGUGGGGAGCCGGGUCUUCCAGGUUUUGAUGGACUGCAAGGACCACCAGGAGCAGGAGGUCCAUUUGGCAUCAAAGGAAAACCAGGUCCCUUGGGAACAACCGGCCUUCCAGGAUCACAAGGCUGCCAAGGACCUCCCGGAACCAAAGGGCCAAGAGGAGAUGCUGGUUCACCAGGUCCUGCCGGCAUGAAAGGGUUCCCAGGGCUUGAUGGCCUGCCAGGACGGCCUGGAGAACAAGGGUUGCCUGGACCUCCAGGUCUCUGGGGCCCAAAAGGAACUUCAGGUUUUCAAGGCUCAAAAGGGGAAAAGGGUUCCGUGGGCGUGGUCGGUUUUCCUGGGAUGCCGGGGCCACCUGGGCGCUCUGGCGUGGAUGGCCUGAAGGGAACUUUUGGUGCACAAGGAAGAAACGGAAACCCCGGAUUCUCUGGCUUCCCUGGCUCCAAAGGGGACAGAGGUGUCCGUGGCCCUCCUGGACCUCCCAUUUUCAGACCCCCAGGCCUGGGCCUCAAACUCAAAGGGAACAGAGGAGAUCCUGGAUUGGUGGGACAGAGAGGAUUUCCAGGGCCAAGAGGGGAAAGAGGAGCCCCCGGUGUCCGGGGGCAGCCUGGGCUUCCAGGGAGAGCUGGAUCACCAGCUAGAGAGAAAGGACCGCCAGGAGACCCAGGUUUUCCAGGAACGUUUGGUUCUCCCGGGCUGUUGGGACAAAAGGGAUCUGGUGGCAUCUCAGGGUUUCCUGGAAUGCCUGGGAGAAGUGGUGCGGAAGGUAUACCUGGCUCCUCUGGCUCCCCAGGAAUUACCGGAUUGCGUGGUCCAAAAGGUGACCGAGGGGAAUCCCGAGGAAUUCCAGGUGGUGUGGGACCUAAGGGCCAACGAGGGGACCGAGGGUUUCAAGGUAUAGCAGGUAUCCAAGGAACAAGCGGUGACCCAGGAUAUCCAGGAGGUCUUGGACCAAAUGGGCAGAAGGGUUCACCAGGUUACCCUGGACAAGAAGGGCCACAAGGCUUUCCUGGAUCUGGUGGUUUGAGGGGCAACCCAGGUUUUCCAGGUAAUCCUGGGCAACGUGGGGCUCCAGGAUUUCCAGGAUCUCCUGGCACCGUAGGACCAAAAGGAUACCCAGGAUUCCCAGGACUGAGCGGUCUAAAUGGCUUACCGGGCACCAAAGGCUCUCCCGGAAAACAAGGCCUGAGUGAAAAUGGACUGCCUGGAUCAGCAGGAAUUCCAGGUGUCAAAGGUCAACGAGGUGACCCAGGUUUCCAGGGUGGAGCUCCUGGCUUUCGUGGAUCAAAAGGACCUACAGGAGAAAUGGGUCUUCCUGGAAGCCCAGGUGUCCCUGGUGUGCGAGGCCCCCCUGGCAUCUCUGUGCCUUCAAGGAUUCCUGGGAAGCCUGGUGAUGCGGGACGUCCUGGAGGAGAUGGGCUGCCAGGCUUCAAAGGACCUCGUGGACCACCAGGACCACCAGGACCAGCCUUCAAUCAAGGUGAUCGAGGUAAUCCAGGCCGCACUGGUCCUCCGGGCUUCUCAGGCCUCAAAGGCGAUGCAGGCAUCCCUGGACUUAACGGAAUCCCUGGCGCAUCAGGUUUCAAAGGAUUCAGAGGGGAUGCAGGUUUCAUGGGAAUGCCUGGGAAAGAUGGACUGCCAGGUGAUCCAGGUUUCCCUGGGCCAAAAGGCAAAGCAGGCCCUCCAGGUUCUCCUGGGCUGCAAGGAGCUACAGGCGUAACCCAACCACCAGAAGAGAUCAGAGUUCCUCCUGGCUUAAUAGGAUUGCCUGGAAAUAAUGGCAACCCUGGUUUAAAUGGAGACCCUGGCUUCCAGGGGCAAACUGGACCACAAGGUCCAAAAGGAAAAGCAGGCAUACCUGGCCAGAUGGGAUUUAAUGGCUUACCAGGUCCACCUGGUGUGGUAGGAGACCCAGGUUCCCCAGGAACUCCAGGGCUACCAGGGUUUGAAGGACGUCCUGGGAAUCCAGGCCUGGCUGGAUUGCCCGGGAUGCCAGGUCGUAGCAUUGGGGUUGGCUAUACCUUGGUGAAACAUAGCCAGUCGGAGCAGAUCCCACCCUGUCCGGUGGGCAUGAACAAACUCUGGGAAGGCUACAGUUUGCUGUAUGUGGAGGGCCAGGAGAAGUCCCACAAUCAAGACCUGGGUUUCGCUGGCUCCUGCCUGCCUCGCUUCAGCACCAUGCCUUUUAUUUAUUGCAACAUUGACGAAGUGUGCUACUACGCCAGCCGCAAUGAUAAAUCGUACUGGCUUUCCACCACCGCUCCGAUACCCAUGAUGCCCGUCAGCAGCUACCAAAUCGCCCAGUACAUCAGUCGCUGCUCGGUGUGCGAAGCACCAUCCCAAGCUGUGGCUGUGCACAGCCAGGACAUCACCAUUCCACAAUGUCCCGAAGGCUGGCGGAGUCUCUGGAUUGGCUACUCCUUCCUCAUGCACACGGCUCCCGAAGGCGGUGGCCAGUCCCUGGUCUCUCCCGGAUCCUGCCUAGAGGACUUCCGCGCCACGCCUUUCAUUGAGUGCAACGGUGCCCGGGGAACGUGCCAUUACUUUUCCAACAAGUACAGCUUUUGGCUGACCACGGUGGAGGUGAACCAUCAGUUUGCUGAGUCUCCCGUCUCCGAAACGCUGAAGGCGGGUCAGCUCCGGACACGGGUGGGACGGUGCCAAGUCUGCAUGAAAAAUUUGUAGCGAAGGCCGGGACGCAAGACCUUAUUCUUCUAAGACCAAGAAAUCAGCAUUUGUGUCCCAGCUGGGCAAUUGCCAUCUUCCCAAAUCUCCCCCAGAGCGCUCGUCUCCAUCAAAAUAUGGUGCUAUCUUUCCCCCUUGUUUUUAUCUUCCUGGCUACCUCAAAGCCCUUUUCUGCCUUCUCAACUGCCACAUUCACUGAUUUUCACAAGAUACACGGAUCUUGAGCAAAGAUUUCUUCUCAAGAUUAUGACUCUUAAGGUCUUUUCGUGUUAACGAUUCAAGACAAUGUCAGGAAUUUCACAAAUGUGUUUGCCUGCAUGCACACACUUAUAAUCAUUAUAUUCAUCUUAAGUUAGCUGCUUAUUUUAGGCCUAAAAAUAACUUAGUUGGCUGUCUAGAAGUGUUUCUGUUCUAUGAUCAAUGGUUAUGAUCAGAUUUGAAGGUUCAGGUUUGUGAAACAGUUAACAACAUUGAUCAAAGCUUGCCUAUUAAACAGUGAAGUGACAAUAAAAUAAAAGAAACUUGUUAGGAGAGGAAAAUAGUGGGAUUUUCAUCCAUAACACGAGGAACAGGCCUAUUAAAAGAAUGAUAAUGUGCAUCUUUUGAAGAUGAAGAAUUUUUAUAGGGAUGGUGCAAUUUGAUUUCACCUGCUUGAUUAUUCAGCCCAAGAAUGUUAAUCCAGCAUUGUUGCUACUCUGUGUAAGGUUUUCUUACGAAUGUUUCAGAACCUCUCGGCUUAUUUGUUAAUGUACCGCAAGUAGUAUUCUUUUGUGGCAUUCAGUGGUGCUAAUCACAGACCCUCUUGACAAUGACAAAUCUUGGCUCAGAUGCCAAAAUAUGACUUGAAUUUAUCUGAUGAGACCACUCCUUCCUUUCUGUGUUGGGACAUCUGAAUGCUUUCUGGGCUCGUGCAUCAUAGUUUCAUGAUGCAUCCAGACUGAGAAACUAGGUGGGUAGCAAACCAACUUCAAGUAACAGUUGUGAACAGUUAAUGUGUUCCACUCUGAUAACUAUCAUCCCUCGGCUUAGUCAUAGCUAUGGUUAAUUCACCAACAGAAGAAUUAUUCAGAAGUGGUGGAGUGAAAAGGAAAGAGAAUGGUAGAGAUCCAGCUCAUAGGAUCACCCAAAGAAGUUAGAGGCAGAAUUCACCCUAGUGGACUAGUAAGCAACUGAACAUAUUAAGAUGAUUUACUAAAGGAAACUAUGUUAAAAACUGCUAAGUAGAAAGGCUGAAGGGUACCUCCUGGGCUACCAUUCUGUUGGCUAAGAAUACUGAAAACAGGAAAGGCUUAGUUUCCAUCUCAUAAAUUAUUCUGGUAUUCUAGCUGGGAAGGAGUGGAUUAGUAAAUUAGCAUGUUUUCUAAUUUCUCUCAGAGCUUAACUCAAUGAUGCUUCUUUGUCGGCUGAGCUGUGAUCUACUAUCUGUGUCUUUGCUCACCACCUUGAGUAGUGUCUGCCCUGCUUAACCCUUUGACUCCCUUGGUUCUACAUUAUAUUUGGUCCUUUCUUCUACAAGCUGUUUUUACAGCCUUAGUCCAUCUGUUUCCACUUGGUGAACGGGUCAACACAAUUAUUUUGAAGACUAUCUUCUUAAUUCCUUAAUAGCCUACUGAUAUUCAGGUUAUACAAAUGUUCUCCAACUUUAUACAGCCGUGAGAUGCUGAUCCACUAUUACAGAUGUUGGCACAGGACCUUUAUGUUUAUAUAGCAGACAUAUUACUCCAUUUGCAAUAGGUCUACAAGCUGGAGCAACAGUUACUAAUCUUUAACAAAAACAGUUUCAAAGAUCAUUACUUCAACUGUCUCUGUGCUCUAAUUGUACAUGAUAUGAGAAAAUUCAUGUUGCAUGUCCUGGAUUUCAUUUCCACAAUAUUUCUUUUUUUCUUCUUCUUCUUCUUUUUUUUUUGAGGUAGCUUUGGAAUUGCUGGUGCUUGAAAUAAUUAGUAUAGUAUUAAAUAAUUACUUUUAGGUAAAUGUAACACUGAGUAGAAGUUGGAUGAACUGACUUAUCUGCCAAUAUUAUGGUUUUCUUGAUUUUAUUUUUACUAGUCUUGCAUUUUGUAAUGCACUGCUGAAAGUAUCUUCAGAGCACUGAUUAUAUUUUGACUCUUAUUUUUUUUCUAAAAAGUAGUAAAACAACACGUCCACUUUGUGAGUUAUAUUCCACUGCCUCCUUACAAUAAGCUUUGUAACUCUCUCCAGGCACGUUUUUAAGAAGUGUAAGUUGUCGAGUGGAUUUAUAUUAAGCUUUGGUGACCAAAAUAGAAUUGAGGAGUUAGAAAGGAUCCAAAAGUUCGUGUAGAUCAACUUUCUUCAGUGACCAAAAACACUCAUUAAAUUAUCAGCAAGAGUUUGUUGUCCAUCUUCUUAAAAACCUCCAGGACUUUUAGGUCUUGACCAAAGGAAAAGGCAAUUUUCACAGAGAUGAUGAUGUUCAGAUUUAAAUAGACUUUGGAAGAAAUUUUUGAAUGCGUAAAACAGAAAUUGGGCUUACGAGUGGAGUCCCAGUUCUACAUAAGGACUAUAUUAAUCAAGCAAACACAGAAAAGGAUAUCAGUAAACCUGUCUCAACUUACAAUUUGGGGAACAAAAUUCUCAUAACCAUACUGUACUUUAAAAUUCCACUCCCCUUUUUUAAAAAAAGGAUCAACUCUUUAAAAGCUCAUGAAUAGCUGGACUGAUGCUAUCUUCUGCCCACAAUUAUAUUAAUUUUUCCCAAAUAUACAGGCAAUGUUGACUCUUGGUGGCCAACUCUUGGCAGGUUCCAUAUUUGGAAAGUAGAGAUAGUUCUUGACUCAUGACCGCAAUUGAGACUGGGCCUUCUGUUGCUAAGCAAUGCACACUCAACUUUAAGUCGUGUCCAAUUUUAUUGUCGCAAGCUGCUUGGGUAGAUGAUGAACAUGUGACCCCAGGACACUGAAACCAUCACAAAUACGUGUUGGUUGCCAAGCACCUUAUUGCAAUCGUGACCGCAGGAACACUGCAGCGUCGGAAGUGCCGGGACUGGUAAUAAAUUCCCCUUUUCAUUCAGCACCACUGUAACUUUGAACAGUGAUGAACUAAACAAACAGGUGUUGUGGUCAAACACCACUGCAUAUUACUAAGUCUGAAGAAUACAACAGUCUUCAACAUGAUCACAACCAGGGACCAGAAUUUCAGUUGCUAAGGCAGUUAAGUUGUCCCUGAUUUUAUGACUUUUAAGCAAAUCAUCGCAGUUGUUGAAUGAAUCCACUUUGUCCUGUGACUUGUCAGAAGACACCUGGAAAGGUAGAGAUCCCAUGAUCCUGGGAUGCUGCAACCAUCAUGAAUACCAGGCAGUCCUCGACUUACAACAGUUCAUUUAGUGACCGUUCAAAGUUAUAAUGGCACUGAAAAAAGCGACUUAUGACCGUUUU